GUCGACGAGGACGACGGCAACGGGGACAACGUUGACGUUGACGUCGACGACGACGACGACGAGGAGGAGGACUAGGGCGGCGAAUCCGAUACGCGGAAUCGCGGCGUCCACGUGAGCCGCGACGACGAGGAUCCUCGCGUCGAACUGCGCAUCUGAGUGAGGACUCCACAGCGGCAGGAAAAUGUCCAGCGCUAAAGUCAUAGAGAAUCCGGAAGUGCCAGGGCUCGAAUGCUUCUUGCCACCGCCUCCGCCACCGCCGCCGCCACCACCACCGCCUCCUCCGCCACCACCACCGCUGUCUUCUGUGAACAAAUCCUCGAACGGAAAUGUACAAUCGACAACGACGCAACAUCAACGACCGGUGACAACGAGCGAGAACGUGGCCGUCGCGACGGCACCGGUGGCAAUCGCGGCCGAUGGGGUUCCUCCACCGCCGACUCUAGGCACCUUCCCGAACUCGGUACCACCGAAUCCGUACAUGAUGCAUCCAACGAUGCAACCGCAAACCCCCGGACCGCCGCCUACCCCGACUCCUUGGUGGAUACCCACUGACAAUGAUACCUCAGAACUUUACACUCCAUGGUACGAUCCGAGUUACAAGGGUGCAGCUACCGCGCCGGCCCCGGUAGCAUCUCCCGCGGUGACCCCGGUGAUGGGAAAAAACAAGAACAAGAACUUCUACAAACGCAAAAUCGAAUUCAUCGAUCCAGCACAAGAUGCAGAAAAAGUGGCAAGCGCGCAGAGGGAACUUUCGGCGCUGAUGAAACCGUUGAAAUGUGAUUUGUGCAAUGCAGUCAUGAACUCCACGUUACAAGCGAAAUUGCACUAUGACGGCAAGCCGCACCAGAAAAAGGUAUCGAUGUUUCUCAAUCAGAGCGUUAAAAAACAGAAAACUGAAGACGGACAAGUGAGCAGUACGACCAAUAACGACUGGCAAAACUACUGUGAUAUAUGCAAAACGUGGUUUACGUCGCAAACAGACGCCACGCAACACUACGCGGGCAAAAAGCACAUUAGGGCGGCAAAUGGCGGGCCUCGUGCAAGGCCAUCGAAGAAGCUGCAAGCUCAGAAUCAGUACAAUCAGGUGGAUUCGACAGGCCGCUUCGGAAUUGGAGUGUCCUUCUUGCCAGACGCGCAAUCCGCUCCGACCGUGGCCCCAAUUGCAUCUGAUAAUAUAACCGCGGUACCGCCACCGCCGCCGCCGCCGCCGCCGGCCGCGGUACCAUCUAUAUACACGUCUCCGCCGUAUCCCACGCCGUUGCGGUGCGACUUGUGCGGAGUCUCGGCCAAUCGUCAAGAUCAGUUGGAGACGCAUAAGCGCGGAGCCCGACAUUUGAGAAUGCUCAGGCUCAACGGACUCCCCGUACCUGAAUCCGGUAGUAUCGCUGCCGAAAACGAGAACGCGCCAAGCGCCUCAGAACCUAUAGAUUACUCUAUUUAUCGGACACCAUCAGGGCAGUAUUAUUGUGCGCCAUGCAAUCUGUCGUUAAACUCGGAGACCACGUUCGCUCAGCACGUCGAAAGCAAGAAACACAAAAAUCAGUCUAACCCAAAGUUACCCAACGCCGUGGUGGCGGCAAAGAAAUCCAGAUUCAAGAAAAAAUAAAAUCGACACAAUGACCACUUUCUAAUACAAUGUCACAGGCGUUUCAGCUCUUUUUUUGUUGUUUUUUUCCCAUUUUCUUUGCGUUCGUUUCCGCUCUUUGCCCGUCACAGUUGUACAAUAAGCAGAUACACGAUAUUCUUUUUAAGCGCAAUAAACUGAUUUGUUCUAGACACACUAAAAAAAAA